CGCGCGCUGGGACGCAGUGGCCAGGCUUUGCGCGCGCGUUUCCCGGGUGGGCGCAGUGGUGGGCGCGAUGGCGUGGAUGUGGGCGCUCGUGCUGCUGGCGGCGCUGGGCAGCGGCGGGGCGGAGCGCGACUGCAGGGUGAGCAGCUUUCGAGUGAAGGAGAACUUCGACAAAGCUCGGUUCGCGGGGACCUGGUACGCCAUAGCCAAGAAGGACCCUGAGGGUCUCUUCCUGCAAGACAACAUCAUCGCUGAGUUCUCCGUGGACGAGAACGGCCAGAUGAGCGCCACCGCAAAGGGCCGAGUCCGGCUACUGAGUAACUGGGAGGUGUGCGCUGACAUGGUGGGCACCUUCACAGACACCGAAGACCCCGCCAAGUUCAAGAUGAAGUACUGGGGUGUAGCCUCCUUUCUCCAGAGGGGAAAUGAUGACCACUGGAUCAUCGACACGGACUAUGACACCUUCGCGCUGCAGUAUUCCUGCCGCCUGCUGAACCUGGACGGCACAUGCGCCGACAGCUACUCGUUUGUGUUCUCCCGCCAUCCCAGCGGCCUCACCCCAGAGGCCCGGAGACUGGUGAGACAGAGGCAGGAGGAGCUGUGCCUGGGCCGGCAGUACCGGUGGAUUGAGCACAAUGGUUACUGUCAGAGCAAACUAUCAAGAAACAUUUUGUAGCAACAUCAAGGAUGGGAAGUUUCACUUGAAAACUUCUGAUUAACUCUCAAUCUUCAUCUCUAUUUAUCUUAGGAGUUUAUUUUGUCCCCCUUCUCCUACCCUUCUCUCUAGGAACAUAAAAACUUCAGUACACA